GGAGAGUAUCUAGAAAUGAAGAACCAGGUAUGCAGUAAGUGUGUUGAAGGCACCUACUCCUUGGGCAGUGGCAUCAAAUUUGAUGAAUGGGAUGAGUUGCCGGCAGGAUUUUCCAACGUUGCCACAUUCAUGGACACUGUGGUGGGCCCUUCUGACAGCAGGCCAGGUGGCUGUAACAACUCCUCUUGGCUUCCUCGUGGAAACUAUAUAGAAUCUAAUCGUGAUGACUGCACUGUCUCCCUGAUCUAUGCUGUGCACCUUAAGAAGUCAGGCUAUGUCUCAUUUGAGUACCAGUAUGUGGACAACAACAUCUUCUUUGAGUUCUUUAUUCAGAAUGACCAGUGCCAGGAGAUGGAUGCCAGCACAGACAAGUGGGUGAAACUCACAGACAGUGGAGAAUGGGGCUCCCAUUCUGUAAUGCUGAAGUCAGGCACAAAUAUUCUGUACUGGAGGACGACAGGCAUCCUUAUGGGUUCUAAGGCAGUCAAGCCCGUGCUAGUAAAAAAUAUCACCAUUGAAGGGGUGGCUUAUACCUCUGAGUGCUUCCCAUGCAAGCCAGGCACUUUCAGCAACAAACCAGGCUCAUUUAACUGUCAGAUGUGCCCCAGAAACACCUACUCUGAGAAGGGUGCCAAAGAAUGCAUAAGGUGUAAGGAGGACUCCCAGUUUUCAGAGGAAGGAGCCAGUGAGUGUGUGGAUCGCCCACCCUGCACUACCAAAGACUAUUUCCAGAUCCAUACCCCAUGUGAUGAAGAAGGGAAGACACAGAUAAUGUACAAGUGGAUCGAGCCGAAAAUCUGCAGGGAGGAUCUGACAGACGCUAUCAGGCUGCCCCCUUCUGGAGAGAAGAAGGAUUGUCCCCCUUGCAACCCAGGCUUCUAUAAUAAUGGCUCUUCUGCUUGCCAUCCCUGCCCUCCUGGGACAUUUUCAGAUGGAACAAAGGAAUGUAAGCCAUGUCCAGCAGGAACAGAGCCAGCGCUGGGGUUUGAGUAUAAAUGGUGGAAUGUCCUCCCUGCCAACAUGAAAACUUCCUGCUUCAAUGUUGGGAAUUCCAAGUGUGAUGGAAUGAAUGGUUGGGAGGUAGCUGGAGAUCACAUCCAGAGUGGGGCUGGAGGCUCUGACAAUGACUACCUCAUCUUAACCUUGCACAUCCCAGGAUUUAAACCACCAACAUCUAUGACUGGAGCCACGGGUUCUGAGCUAGGAAGAAUAACAUUUGUCUUUGAGACCCUCUGCUCAGCUGACUGUGUUCUAUACUUCAUGGUGGAUAUAAAUAGAAAAAGUACCAAUGUGGUAGAAUCAUGGGGAGGAACCAAAGAAAAGCAAGCGUACACCCACAUCAUCUUCAAGAAUGCAACAUUUACAUUUACAUGGGCAUUCCAGAGAACUAAUCAAGGCCAAGAUAACAGACGUUUCAUCAAUGAUAUGGUGAAGAUUUAUUCUAUCACAGCCACUAAUGCAGUUGAUGGGGUGGCAUCAUCAUGCCGUGCCUGUGCCCUUGGUUCUGAGCAGUCAGGCUCAUCCUGUGUACCCUGCCCCCCAGGCCACUACAUCGAGAAAGAAACCAACCAGUGCAAGGAAUGCUCAGCAGACACCUACCUGUCCAUCCAUCAGGUCUAUGGCAAGGAGGCUUGCAUUCCCUGUGGGCCUGGAAGUAAAAGCACCCAGGAUCACUCCACUUGCUACAGUGACUGCUUUUUCUACUACGAAAAGGAAAACCGGAGUUUGCACUACGAUUUCCGCAACCUCAGCAGUGUGGGUUCACUCAUGAAUGGCCCCAGCUUCACCUCCAAAGGAACCAAAUACUUCCAUUUCUUCAAUAUCAGUUUAUGUGGGCAUGAGGGAAGAAAGAUGGCUCUCUGUACCAACAACAUCUCAGACUUUACAGUAAAAGAAGUGGUGACAGGGUCAGAUGACUACACUAAUUUGAUUGGAGCAUUUGUAUGUCAGUCAACUAUUAUUCCUUCUGAAAGCAAGGGCUUCCGGGCAGCCUUGUCAUCCCAGUCUAUUAUUCUGGCAGACACAUUUUUAGGAGUCACAGUUGAAGCUGCCUUGCAAAACGUUAAUAUCAAGGAAGAUAUGUUCCCAGUGUCACCAAGCCAAAUACCAGACGUGCAUUUCUUUUAUAAGUCUUCUACAGCUACCACAUCUUGUAUUAAUGGACGAUCGACUGCUGUGAAAAUGCGGUGUAAUCCCUUGAGAUCUGGUGCAGGUGUGAUUUCAGUCCCCAGCAAGUGUCCAGCUGGCACCUGUGAUGGUUGUGCAUUCUACUUUUUAUGGGAGAGUGCAGAGGCUUGCCCUCUAUGCACAGAGCAUGACUUCCAUGAAAUUGAGGGAGCCUGCAAGAGAGGACUUCAGGAAACAUUAUAUGUGUGGAACGAACCUAAGUGGUGCAUUAAAGGGAUUACUUUGCCUGAGAAGAAGGUGUCAACCUGUGAAACAGUUGACUUUUGGCUGAAAGUGGGAGCUGGUGCAGGUGCAUUCACAGCCGUUUUGUUGGUGGCUUUAACAUGCUACUUUUGGAAAAAGAAUCAAAAGCUGGAAUACAAAUAUUCUAAAUUAGUAAUGACGACUAACUCAAAAGAAUGUGAACUCCCAGCGGCAGACAGCUGUGCUAUCAUGGAAGGUGAAGAUAAUGAAGAGGAUGUUGUAUAUUCCAACAAACAAUCACUUUUGGGAAAACUUAAAUCUUUGGCUACAAAGGAAAAAGAUGACCACUUUGAAUCUGUUCAGCUGAAAUCCUCAAGAUGCCCCAAUAUAUGA